GGAAAUGACACCCGCGGUCCGCCCUGUCCGAAGUAGCAUUGCAAGUUAAGUUGAGCAUGAAUUCGCCAGCGGUAACAGUGUAUCUCAUGUGUUAAUUGGAUUUGAUAUGCUGACGUGAUGUCUGAAGAGCAAUACAGCCGCAGGAAGGAUCCAAACAAAACAGUUAUUGGGAUUCAAGACAUCCUCUGUGCAGUUUUAUUCCCCACACUGUAUCAACGGUGAUCACGGCGUGUAUGUCGUACAAGAAGUUGUGGCUUUGGCUAACGUUGACAGAACUUGAAGUCAUGCCUGAGAAAUGAUCACGAUGUGGAAGGAAUUCAAUUAAAUGCUUUGAGACUUAAAAGUAACGUGGAAGAAAUGGGCCCGAGGAGGAAGACCUCUAAACUCCAAUCUUCAGGGGUUACUGGUAGAGGAGAAGUUGGACAGAGGCCAAAUGAGCCAAAAGACUGCAUCAAUGAACUGUCCCAUGAAGUUCUCUGUCAUAUAUUCAGGUACCUUCCCAUGAAGGACAUCAUCUGUAUGGAGUGUCUCUCUAGGAAGUUGAGAGAAGCUGUAACCCUCUACUUGCGAGUGAUCAAAGUGGUGGAUCUUUGUGCUGGUCGCUGGUGGGAAUAUAUGCCCUCGGGCUUUACAGAUAGCAGCUUUUUGCUGCUUCUGAAAAAGAUGCCCGACCUCGAGCAGCUGUAUGGCCUCCACCCCCGACACCUUGAAAGGAGACGAAUCCGAGGCUAUGAGGCUUUCAGUAUACCUGGUGUCCUGGAGGCAUUGCAAGCCUGUCCUAGUCUUCUGGGUGUUGAGACAUCCCACCUGGAGCUGGUGGAAGCAGUUUGGAACUAUAUGCCCCAGGUUCAUAUCCUCGGAAAAUUCCGCAACCGUAAUGGGGCGUUUCCAAUUCCUCCUGAGAACAAACUAAGCAUUCCCAUCACUGCAAAAAUCCAGACCCUGCACCUUGUGGGUGUAAAUGUCCCAGAGAUACCUUGUGUGUCCAUGCUGCGCCACCUUUACUUGAAGUGGGUCCGUCUCACCAAACCUCAGCCAUUUAAAGAUUUCCUCUGUGUGAGCUUGAGAUCCUUUGUCAUGCGGAACUGUGCAGGUCCAACCAACUCCCUCAAAUAUGUUCCCUUGGUUACUGGUUUAGCUUCAGCCCGAAAUCUCGAGCAGCUUGAGCUGGUGAGAGUUCCCUUCCUUGGAGGUCUCAUCCAACAUGUGGUGGAGGACAGCUGGAGAUCAGGAGGAUUUCGGAACCUCCAUACCAUUGUGUUUGGAGCCUGUAAAAAUGCCUUGGAAGUGGACUUGGGUUACCUUGUCAUCACUGCUGCUCGCAGGCUUCAUGAGCUCCGUAUCCAGCCAUCACUUACUAAAGAUGGAGUAUUCUCAGCUCUCAAAAUGGCUGAACUAGAGUUUCCUCAGUUUGAUACACUUCAUCUUGGAUAUGUGGACGAGUUUCUGUUACAAUGCAAGAUGAGUCAUUCGGAGCUGGUGAAGAAUGGUCUUGCUGAUGUGGUAGAGAACCCAGGAAUCAUCACAGAUAUUGGAAUCAAAGUGGUGAAUGAGGUUUUCUGUAAUAUAAAAUACCUCCUCAUCUACAACUGUCCUCACCUUCAUAACCCCCACCACUGGAUUACAGAUCAAUCCAGAUGGAACCGACUGGUUGAUCUGACACUGGUUCGCUGUCACGCUAUCAAACUGGAGUCCUUCUCCCAGUUCAUAGAAGCAUUACCCAGUUUAGAGUUUAUAUGCCUGGACCAGAUGUUUCGAGAACCACCCAAGGGCUGUGCCAGAGUGGGCCUAAGUGCAGGAACUGGUAUUGGUGUCUCUUCUGCACUUGUCAGCAACCAGAACGCCAACAACGACAACAACAACAACAACCACCACCACAAUGAAGCGAACCUACCUCCUUCUCCCCCUCCACCUGUUAACAACAACCAAAGGCAGCAGCACAAUGCACCAGCAGAGGUCAAUGGUGUAGAGGAUGAAGAGGAGAACGUUGGGAUGGAAGUGAAAGGAGCAGAACGGGUGGUAGCUGAUGAUGUCACUGGGCCCAGCCGUCCUAAUGCUUCACCACAACCUCCUGAGGAUGACGAAGAGCAAGCAGGGCCCAGUGGCUUGGUCCAGCAGUGUAGACCACCUGGUGUUGCCAGUCCAAAGCCCCCACUGGUCCCCUCUGAUUCGGACAGUGAGGAGGAGGAAGGCCUUACUGCAAGAUUAACUCCAGCUUCCUGUUCACAGCAAGCUAUUUCUUCUACAGAAGAUGUGUUUCUAGGUAAAGGGAAGACUCCUCUGCGGAGGAGCGCCAACGUGCCUGCAACACAGACAGUGAAUGGUGAUGGGAAGCCUUCCGCGUCACAGGGCAGCUGUGAAAAGAGCUGUCAGGUGACCAGUGAACAGAUCAAAGCGGACAUGAAGGCAGCUUCUGAUAACAGCUGUAAAACUAGCAGCAAAGGAGUCAACACUGAAGGAGGGGAGAGCUCUGCAAGAGCAGACACUGGCACACUGAGGGGUCCUGGUGUCUGUGGGGCGGCAGAGACACCGGCGACUGAAUGUGUGGGCGGGGUUGGACCCAGACAUGAGGGGGUGGGUAGUAGGACUACGCACAGAGAAACCACAUCCGUGGAUACAGCUGGGCAAAGUUGUAGAACUACUGAGAGUUGCAACGGUGGCAUAAGGGAAGCUGGAUUAAGGCACACCUCUGGUACUGCUAAUGCAGAACAUCUGGAACCCGUUUGUUCUUCUUCAAAUCAGACUUCACGGCAACUGGUGUGUCGGGGGAACAGACGACCACUCCCUGUUGCUCAGCGGUCAAGUUCUAAGCGAGGUCUGGACAGAAAUGAGGACGCCAUACCCAGACGACCUUUGACCCGGUCUUGCACUCGCACAUCUGCUGUGUGUCUGGUACCUGAGACAGAUCUUUCAAGAGCCAGGCCUCGUGUAACGUCAAGGAGGAAAAGAAUGGCUGACAAAUCAACCAGUACUUCAGACCCGGUUACAGAAGAUGACCAUGAACAGGUUUUGUCCCUGAAGAGCAAGAACUUGGUGGGAAUCACUCUGACCAAUUGUGGAAUCACCGACCUGAUCCUUAAAGACUGCCCGAAGAUGAUGUUCAUUCAUGCUACGAGAUGCCGGGUGUUGAAGCAACUGCGAGUGGAAAGUGCACCAAUUGUGAACAGAUUCGACUAUGCACAAUGUAAGAAGCUGAACAUGGAACAGGUCCUGGAUCAGAUACUGAGAAUCCCUCCAGAGCGCAACCGCAUUAUCUACAUGCGUCCUAUGCACCAGAUCGACUCUGUAGCAUUGGAACGUCAGCUCUUCCAGGGUCCCUAUCCUUACCACAUCGCUAUUGUGCACGAAUUCAGCAACCCUCCCAAUGUACGCAACAAGGUGCGCAUUCGCAGCUGGAUGGACACCAUUGCCAACAUCAGCCAGGAGUUGAUCAAGUAUGAGUUCUUCCCAGAGUCCAGCAGGACUGAAGAAGAUGUGAAGAUGUAUCCUAAAUACCCCUGGGGCCGAGACAUUUACACGCUAGAAGGAUUGUUGGAUGGCGCCCCCUACAGCAUGAUAACUGACUUCCCCUGGCUCAGGACCUUGAGAGCAGCUAACCCCAACAGCUACGCCCGCUAUGACUUUGAGGACGACGAGAGCACCACCAUUUAUGCCCCACGGCGGAAAGGACAACUGUCAGCUGACAUCUGCAUGGAGACCAUCGGGGAGGAGAUUUCCGAGCGGCGACAGAGCAAAAGAGGGGUGUUUCAGAGAGUUGUGGUCCUAUUCCUCCAUCACUGUGACACACCAGGCGAACCUGUUGACGAUGACUACAUUUAAAAUCUUCUGUAGGAGUCUCUUCCGUGUAAAAUCUUACUUGGUCGGAUUUAAUUAGAGCUGCAGUGUACAGUGGGGCAGAAGAAAAGACUAAAGUUGACCCUCCAAAAUCCUGUUUUCUUUUAUCUUAUUACCCUCCCUUUGAAAAGAAAGAACAGUUUUUCACAUCUUGAGAAUUUUUUUUGAAGAUUCAUUAGGGGUUCGGUAUUAUGCAAUACUUCCAAUGAAUAUAGAAAUACAUGGAGGUAUUAUAAUGCUAGCCUCCGUGUGUUUUGAGUAUAGAAGAUGUAUUUUAUAUUUUGAAUUUAGGCAUUAAACAGACUGCAAAUAUAAACACAUAACAAUACAAGCAAAUGUAGUCCCAUCAUGCUCCAUAGUGCCUGCAAGACUUCGCCUGUGCAAGAUGUUUUUGUGCAGGGAGGAACAACAUGAACAACUGAAAUGUUUGAAAGUAUUUCUCUUUGUUGAUCACCAAUUGUACAAAUGUUGUGGAUAGUCACAUGCUUCCAUGUUGUUUAUAUGUUUAUAAGAAGACUAUUUCACAUGAUGAAAAAUAAAACUCAGCAGGAAA